AUGAAAAAAGAGAUAGAUGUGGUUAUGGGAAAAAUCAAAAAGAUUUUCUGUGAACACGGAUGGAUAUUGCCUGGUCAACGUUUUGAAUUCUUUCAAGAUUCACUAACGAAGACAUUGAGCGAUUGUCAUGAUAAAUAUCCUCCAUCAGAUCAUCUAAAGACGAUUAAAAAUCUAGAAAGAAAGUUCGAAACUACAAAAACAAUCAUCAGAAAGACAGAUAAAUCGAAAGUCUUUCAUAUAGGUACAACUGAUGAUCACAUACUCAAAGCUCGAGCAUAUAUGACAAAAACAGAUGCAUAUCAAGAUUUGGAAGGAACAAAUCCACUUGAUACAUUAGUCAAACGUACAAAUGAAUUUCUGUAUGCUCUGUGGAUAAAUAAACAUAUAACCCAGAAGCAUUACGAGAAUCUAAAAGCGAAACGGGACGAAGCUGAAUUAGCUCACCUGUAUUUCUUGCCAAAAGCGCAUAAACCUAAUACACCAUUGAGACCCAUAGUAGCUGGAAUGCAAUCACCAACCAUAAGAAUAUCCAAAUGGUUAGAUGACUUAUUAAGACCGCUAUUUAAUCAGUUAGCUUCAGAUAUAGCAAUUGAAAAUGGUACUCAACUGAUCAAAUCCGUUGAAAGAUGGUCAGAGAAUUAUCUCACAUCCUCAACUACAUUCAUAUCCAUGGAUGUGACUGAUCUUUACACAAUGAUCCCACAAGAAGGGGGAGUGGUAGCUAUAAAAAGAUUACUAGAAGAACAUAAUCUAAAACAAAUAGAUGGUAUUAAGAAAGAAAUUAUCUUAGCUCUUACCAGAUUUGUUAUAACCAAUAACUAUUUCUAUUUCGAUGGGUCAUACUACAAACAAAUAAGAGGAGGCGCCAUGGAUAUAUCGAUGACUUAUUCAUCAUGUCGAAUAUACAUGAAGAUAUAUUAA